CCGGGCGCGAUGCCGCACGUGGAGAUGCUGCUGCUGCUGGCGGCCGCGGCGCUGUGGGUGUGCGUGCGCGGGCAGGAGCCCGGCGCCAAGGCGGUGGCCGACCGCUACGCCGUGUACUGGAACAGCUCCAACCCCAGAUUCCAGCGAGGCGACUACCACAUCGAUGUCUGUAUCAACGACUACCUGGAUGUGUUCUGCCCUCACUAUGAAGACUCGGUGCCGGAAGAUAAGACCGAACGCUAUGUUCUGUACAUGGUGAACUUUGAUGGCUACAGCUCCUGUGAUCACACUUCCAAAGGGUUCAAGAGGUGGGAGUGUAAUCGGCCGCAUUCCCCAAAUGGACCAUUGAAAUUCUCGGAAAAGUUCCAGCUCUUCACGCCCUUCUCACUGGGAUUUGAGUUCAGGCCAGGCCGGGAGUAUUUCUACAUCUCUUCUGCAAUCCCAGAUAAUGGAAGGAGAUCCUGCCUAAAGCUUAAGGUGUUUGUGCGACCAGCAAACAGCUGUAUGAAAACUAUAGGUGUUCAUGAUCGUGUUUUCGAUGUUAACGACAAAGUAGAAAAUUCAUUAGAACCAGCAGAUGAUACCGUACAUGAGUCAGCCGAGCCAUCCCGUGGUGAGAACGCGGCACAGACACCGAGGAUACCCAGCCGGCUUUUGGCAACUCUAUUGUUCCUCCUGGCAGUGCUUUUGAUAUUAUAGCACACUGUGCUCCGGCAACCUGUCACAGAAAAUACCAGGGUCUUGGAACAUCAAAGAUCCACCUAACUGCUCAUCCCAGGAAAGGGACUUUAUUGUUUUUGCAGAUGUCAAAUUGUUAUUUUUCCCUUUUCUUCUCCCUUUUAGCCUGAACUCAGCAAAAAUUUGAAGGGGAUAACUAGCUUCAGCACCCACCCCUACCUACCCUGUGACUUUCUUAACCCCUCCAUAUAAAUAAAAGGACUCCAAAUGAAAAUGCCAAACUAUAAUAGUGACACUAGUGAUUCUUAUUUUCUUCUGCAUUCUCCUUUAAGAAGUCACUUCUGUUAGCUCACUAUGUCAUCCGUAUGUGGACGAGAAAGUGUUGUGGCAAAUGCAGUCAGUGAGGGAUAAGGAAAGUGAAUGAAAACCUGGGAGAGUCUUUCUCUGUGAUACAAUAUUUAUGCCUUCUCGUUCAGCACUGUAAGAUGGUCAUGCAAGGCAUUGUGUCACCAUGUCAGGACUGGAGGGGAGAUAUUAAGAAUAGACAUAACACCAUUUCCUCCAGAAGUUUCUAAAUGAACCGGCUUCUGAAAGGGGAAGAUGAUGUUUCUUAUGGGACUCUUGAAACGUCUUUGACAGUAACAUUUUUGCUCACAAGUAGAAAUGCUGUCUUUGGUGAGAGGAAAAAGUUAGUUUUUAGGAAUGUUAACACACAGCAGGCAAGGUCAGAUUUAGGAAACUUCACUGGGGGUGUGAGUGCCUCUGUUAUUUCGUUUUAAGGGGAUAAUGCACACCGGCUUAUUUUAUUUUAAAACAAAUCACCGUGGUGCUAAAAUUUUUUUCUUGAAAUGCAGAGGCACUUUUGAGAAUAAAGUGACCUUCCCCAGCACUGACUCAGUAGCUGAUAGCCUUGGAUGCUGCUCUGGGUGUUAAUACAUGCUAAAAGAGGACAUCGGUUGUCAGAGGAAACAUGUUUGGGACACAGGAUCUCCAGUGUUCUGUUGAUUUGUCUCUCCUGUAAGUUCCUCAAUCAUGGGAAUAAAUCACAUGUAGAAGAAGCCAGGGCUGUCUAAUAGCAUUGUUUGGUGGGGGAAAAGAAAAGAAGUGUGGAAUAUUAAUUCAAUGUUGAUUUUUUAUCUUUUCCCCUUCCGGCACAGUUUGAAGAGUAGAGGAAACGUGUUUAUCAGCUGGAGACAAACUAGAUGGGCUCCCAAAGACUUAACAAAAUAUUUUUUUAAAAAUCCACUAGAAUAGAAAAUACAUUAUUUAGAUAUACUUUAUGCUGAGAGUGAGUAUAUAUGCUUGUCCUAUUUAAACAUGAGAGAAGCAGUAACCCUUGAUGCAAUUGGGAAAUGGGACUGUCUUGUUUGAUGGAAUUAGGAGUGACCCUGUUUAAGGUAUCUGAGCCUUGGCUAACAAAACUUUAAGAAGUAAUUUGCCAGGAAGUGCAAGCCUUGGGGUAUUUUUUGGCUAGGCUGCCAUGAAAUUCGGACUGCUAAACAUAAUCAGUGAAAUUUCAGACCCAGACUGAAACAGAGCUUUUCUGACAAAACUGUGGUAAUUAAGUUAAAGGUGAAACAAAACACGGGGCAUAUUCAAGCAAAACAAGAUUUCUCUAUAUUAAUUAUGAAGAAAAUUUCUGCAGUAAUAAAAUUGACUGAUGCCAUUAGUGGAUACCACUUCAUAGACUUUAUAUUUUUAAAUGAAGAAAAGCCUUCCAGAAGUUGAGGCAGGAGAGGGGAAAAUAAAUUUGGUAUGUAAAGGGAGGUUUUUCGCUUGCUGAGCUAUGACCUGGGCUUGCCUGAUAUCAUACAUGUUCAUGAAUACAGGACCUAUACUUAUAGGAGGAAUGCAGGAAGUUCACUCUAGUGUGAAGUGCAGAGAAUAAAGAUACAGUCCAAACAGUGAGGGAAGUCCUCAUCUCAUUACAGGCUGUACGGUACUUUGCUCUCUUUAAGGUGUAUAUACUUGAUACACAUACACUAAUACUUUCUGUAGGUAGGAAUUAAAAAGCCUUGGAUGAGGUGAGCUUAGUCUGAAUGCACCUUAUCAAAUGGAUUAUUAACCACAGUACAGAUAAUAUUGCAUGAUGUGUAACUAUAUUAAAGUGAUUUGCAGUAAUUGCAGGCAGUCACACAAGUAGUGCAAAUUUGAUGUAGAAAUGGUGACAUUUGUCAUCCUUUGUCUCUGAAUGAUGUUGAAGACGUCCAUUUACCGACAGCAGAGGACUGUCACUAGCGUUACUCCUGGUGAAACUCGCCCCUGCACGUUGUCCCAGAGCCUUGUUGCAUAUGUGAGGGACAACACAAGCGAUGAUCCCCAGGCUGCUCAGCAUUCCAGCCACUGCCAGUUUCAUACUUGAUGGCAUUAGGCAAUCCCAGUCAUACUAAGUACAUAAAUGUUGGUGGGUUUUGUGUUGUGUUGCAAACCUCUGGAUGCUUUAAAUGCAGAUGUUGCUGAAAAUUAAGGAGUCUGUUGCUCCCGUACCCUUCAUCUGCCCCUGCUCAAGUCUGAGGUACUGAUUCUCCCCAGCCUUAGUGGGUUACUUAGACCCAUGACCUGCACUCCUGGCUGCCAAGGACAUUGCAAUGUGAAGCAGGAAAAUAGGGAUCAGUCAGUUUAGUGGAUACUGUGUAUCCUUCAAUAGACAAGGUAACAUUUCGUGUUAGUUUAGAAUAUUGUUUUGUACUGUACUUACCUGGAUGGCGAAGGAAAGACAAGUAAAACUUAAAGCUAUGUUCUUUAAAUUCUGUAUUAUUAGCAACCUCUGUUGUAUAUAGUGUUUGAUAAUAAAGUAUUAAUUUGAUUCUUA